CCAGAUUACCGUAAAACCCUUUGACGGCCUUUGAAUCCAAAGUCCAAAACAAUAGUAAGCCCCAAAAAAACCCGAAAUCAAAACCAGAAUUCCAGAAGAAGUUGUGCAAAAAUUGUACUGUAACAACUUUCUGAAAUCGAAACCAUCCAUGGAUUCCGCCCAAAACGCAGCAGCAGCAGCAGCUGGAAACAACAACAACAACAACAACAACAACAAUGAAGGAACAACCUCGGAUGAUGCGAAGCAAAACCUUAGUGACGUCACCAACUCCAUUGACAAAACUUUGGGCCUUCUUCAUCAGCUUUACCUCACUGUAUCUUCCUUCAAUGUUACCUCUCAGCCUCUUCUCCUUCAACGCAUAAAUUCUUUGGUGAUGGAGCUUGAUAAUAUGAUGAAAUUGUCUGGAAAUUGCAAUAUUCAGAUUCCCAUGGAGGUUCUCAAUUUAAUUGAUGAUGGGAAGAAUCCUGAUGAUUUCACCAAGGAUGUUCUUAAUAGCUGUAUUGCCAAAAACCAGAUCACUAAAGGCAAAACUGAUGCUUUUAAGAGUUUGCGAAAGCAUAUGCUUGAGGAACUUGAACAAGCUUUUCCCGCUGAAGUGGAGGAAUAUAGAGAUAUACGUGCCUCGGCUGCUGCUGAUAUGAAAAGGAUGGCACAAAACCAGAAUGCACUGCCUAAUGGAGAUGUGAAGGUCAAGGGUGAGCUAUAGGUUCUGAUAUCCGAGAAAAAUCAGGUUUUUUGACUGUUCUUACAAUACGUGUAGCUUCAAGGUGUGUCUAUGAGUAUUAUAUUCGCUUAAAUGUUAGUAUAGGUGGCCAUUUAUACGGUGGAGGUUUUUGUAACCUAAUAGUCUCAAGACUCUCAACUUAUCUGUUAUUUAACAUGUGAAUAUGCGAUUACCUGUAUGUUGUAUCUUUUGGUGUCAAAUUGUCAAUGAUGUUAUAUAAUCUUCAAAUAUGCUCUUUUGUGCAUAAUGGCUUAUAUACUUGUUUGGACUUGUCAAUGUAAUUAUGAAUGCCAUCUGUAAGCCUGAAACAAGAUGAAGAAUUAUCAGUGCACUUGGUUACUCAUGAUUUAUACACAA